AUGGCCGAAAAGACGGCUGCCGACUUCAAUGGCGUUGAGCCCGUCGUCUCCUCAGAGACUCAGAAUGCCACCUCCGUGGAAGAGACCAAGAAGCCAUGGUGGCACACCUUUCUCGUCUGGGGCUCCGCGCCGCAAAUCAUCCUGGCCGCGCUGCUGGCCCUCGCCAUCGGCCUGCCCGUGUCGAUGCUCGUCGACGAGAUUCCCAAAGAAGCCCCCGUGUACCUCAACAUUCCCGGCGACUUGUGGCUGCGUUCUCUAAAGGCCAUUGUGAUUCCGCUCAUCGUCUCGGCCAUGAUCCUCGCCGUGUACAAGCUCCGCGUCAUCUCCCGCGGCGGUCGCGCGCUGGCCUCCUGGACCAUCGGCUACUACCUCGCGACGACGCUCCUCGCCAUUGCCGUCUCGUGCCUCAUGACAGCGCUCGUGUGGAGCCCUAUGUUCACCGAGGCGCCCGCCGACGCGCGCGUCUACGACCCGGACAGCACCUACGCCGCCUCGCAGGAGACCACGCCGCCGCUCGAGGGCGUCGUCCAGCAAAUGUUCCAGUCCUUCAUCCCCGACAACAUUGCCUACGCCGUCGCCAACAACCAGCUGCUCUCCGUGCUCGUCGUCUCCAUCGUCGUCGGGUACCUCAUCGAGGACGAGUCCUCAUCGAUCCUGCGCGCCGCCCGCGAGGUCGAGCGCAUGGUCACCAUUGUCGUCACCUUCAUUAUCCAGUGCUCCGCCUUUGGCGUCUUCUCCCUCAUCCUGUCCAACAUCCUCAAGCUCGACCCGGCCACGAUGGGCCGCAACCUCGGCGUCCUCAUCGCCAGCACCCUCUCCAGCAUGGCUAUCCACCUCUUCGUCGCCGUGCCCCUCAUCUUCUUCGCCCUCACGCGCAUGAACCCGUACGUGUACUGGCUCAAGAACUCGCGUGCGUGGAUCACCGCCUGGGGCUCGGCGUCGUCGGCCGCCACGCUGUCCAUCUCGCUCGACUGCGCGCGCGACCGCGGCAUCUCCAAGACGGUGCGCUCCUUUAGCGUGCCUCUUGGCUGCCUCAUCAACAUGGACGGAACCGCCAUUUACUUUCCCAUUGUCGUCGUCUUCCUCGCGCGCACGCAGGGCAUGACGCUGAGCGCCAUCGACUACGUCAUCAUCACCGCCGCCGCGACGCUCUCGUCCAUUGGCACCACGCCCAUCCCGUCGUCGUCGCUCGCGCUCUCCAUCAUGAUUGCCGGGCUCGUCGGCGUGCCCGUCACGGGCAUGAUGGGCGUCGUCUUUGCCAUUGACUGGCUACUCGACCGCUUCCGCACCGCGCUCAACGUCUCAGGUGACUUGUUUGGCGCCAUGGUCGUGUACAAGAAGACGGGCAUCGAGGACGAGGCUGAGGAUGACCUGGUGAUGGAGGGCGAGCCGAUGCAGGAGGAGGCACCGCGGUACAACCAGUCCAUGGCCUAA